UGAGAAAGUGAGUGAUGGAGAGAGAGAGAAACGGAGGAAAGAAAGGAGGAGGGGGUGAUGUAUCAAUAUUCUGAGUAGUGUUUGAGGGCAAGAAGAACGAUCCGGGGAAGGGUGAAAGAGGGGCGCGGGUGCAAGAAACAGUCCGAGCGGGUUUAUUCGCUCAGUGUUUGUUAGCGUGAGUCCAUGGGGGCGAGAUGAUAUCGGUAGAGGACGGAGACUCAAGUAUGUGUUUGUCUGAGAGAAGUGUUGUUCAAGUCGAAUGUGACGGAAUCUUAGCCGAACGCUAGCCAUAACUCCACUCUCCCUCGCUCUCUUUUACUCUGUGUGCUAAUCAGCAUUUGAAAGGCAGCUUUGACAGUGAGAAAGAAAAGUGAGGGCAGUGGGGAGGAGGGAGUGUAAACGAGAAAGAAACGAGAGAGAGAGAGAGAGAGAGAGAGGUAGGGGCCGUACAAGCAUUUCUUUUAUAUUUACUAGCGAUUGAGGAGAGAGAGAGAGGGAGCGGGUGAAGAGACGACCGGUGCGUGCAGCUUUCCCAAGAGGAAAUGAAAAGAAAAGAAGCUCAACGAGGAAAGAGAGACAGCCAAAGCCAGGAGCACGCCAGAGGAGGAAACAGACUCGCAUCCUCUAACUCCAGUCACAUCUGAGACGAUCCCGCUUGGAAAGUGAAGGAGGAGAGAGGGGGAGAGCGUGGUCACAGCCGCUGAGCGUCCACACACACACACACUCUUGCGGCAGCGGACCACUGUGUGUUCGCCUGCUCUUUUGUGCCGGCAGCUGGGAUAGUUCUUGGCCCCGUCUGACCCCCUUGUCACCCCCUGUGUGAGUGUGUGUGUGUGUGUGGGAGCGCGAGGGGACCAGGAACGUGGACUGAGCGGAGGGGAGGGUCACCGGUUCGGGUGUCUGGACGGAGGAGGAGAGAAACAUCUGCCUCCAAAACAGCUGGACAUGCACAUCAGCUCUUCUGUUGGGGGUCUCGGACUGACAUAGCCUCGGCCAAUCACAGCCUGAGUUAGAGGUGGCGGCCCGUAGGGGGCGUGAUGGCGGCCAUGCCGUUCGUCAGCGAGGGCAAGUGUGUGAGCGUGGAGUGGGACUUCCUACAGGGGCUGCUCGCCAAACCACCCACCUUACCCUGCUUGCAGAACUUGAGGAAGGAGAAGUCUCGCAAUGCAGCUCGUUCUCGACGGGGUAAGGAGAACUUUGAGUUCUUCGAACUGGCGAAAAUGCUUCCCCUCCCCGGUGCAAUAACCAGCCAGCUGGACAAGGCCUCCAUCAUCCGCCUCACCAUCAGUUACCUGCACAUGAGACACUUUGCCAGUCAGGGAGACCCACCCUGGAGCCCUCUACUGGAGGGGGAGAACAACUGCAACAAGGUGCGAAGAACAAGCCAUUCGUUGGUGACUGACAUAUUUGAACAGCACCUGGGAGCUCAUCUUCUACAGUCUCUGGAUGGAUUUGUGUUCGUGGUCAGUCAGGAAGGACGAUUUCUUUAUAUCUCAGAGACUGUGUCCAUCUACCUUGGCCUUUCACAGGUUGAGUUGACUGGCAGUAGUGUGUUCGAUUACAUCCACCCUGCGGAUCAUGUUGAGAUGGCAGAGCGUCUUGGCAUUAGGCCACACCUCCGAGCAGAGGCAGGCUGUCAAACGUCCCAUGAGAGCGCUUCAAGCUCCGCCUCCACAUCCUCGCUGGCCGGCACUCCAGAACCAGCACCAUCUAGUCCCUGUUCUCCAGGAGGUGAGUUAUCAGAACGUGGAUUCUUCAUCAGGAUGAAAUCCACCCUCACCAAGCGUGGCCUCCACGUUAAGUCCUCGGGCUAUAAAGUGAUUCAUGUGACAGGUCGGAUUCGGUGUCGGCCAGCCCUGGUGCCAGGCUCCUCCCGCCCCUUGCAUCGACCAAUGGGAUUGGUUGCUCUGGCUCACACGCUUCCACCCUCCACACUCAAUGAGGUGCGCAUGGAAAGUCAAAUGUUUGUCUUCAGAGUCAACAUGGACCUGCAGGUCACCUACUGUGAGAACAGGAUUUCAGAGUAUAUGGAUCUGAGCCCAACUGAGGUGGUGGGACGCACCUGCUACCAUUUCAUCCAUGCAGAAGACCUGGACACCAUCAGGCAGAGCCAUGAAGACUUGCUGCGGAAAGGGCAGGUUGUGACGGGGUAUUAUCGCUGGUUGCAAAGGAGAGGAGGGUAUCUGUGGAUCCAGUCCUGUGCCACCGUGUCCAUUAACCACAAAGCGCCCCAUGAGCGUAACGUCAUCUGGGUCAACUAUGUGCUCAGUCGACCAGAGCUGGCAGACAUGCCUUUGGACUUAUUACAACUCCCAGAAAGCCUGAGGGCAGAGAGGCUUCAAGCAAGCUCCUCCCCACGUGACACCUCUCCAAAGGCACAAGGCUCCGCAGGGACACAGCCAUUGAAAGGCAGGACCGAGACAGACCACAAAGGGAAGGAAGCCUUCUCAAACACUGCUGCCAGCCGACCAGAGAACACCAGAAAGAGAUCGCACCAGUCUAAUGCUGAAAGCGGUCCUCCUGAGGUGAGGAGGCGGAUGGAGGUUUUUCGGCAGAGAGAGGAAAGCCCAUGUACCUCCUCGGACCAAGCCAGUGACAGCGAGGUGGAAGAGGACGAUGAGAGGGAGAGCGAGUGGGACCACAACCCCUCCAGAAAACGGGUGAAGAGCGAAGACGGGCAGUUGAAGCAAGGCAACGGGGCCAAUGGAGCAAGUAAGAUCCACAACGGUCGUGCAGUGAUCCAGCAUCUUAAGAGUGUGGUGACCAGUUCCGGGUCGAAUAUUAAGACUGAACAAGAAGUAAUGGGAACAAGUGUAGGUGCAGGUUCUGGAAGGCGUUGGAGCCAAGCUCAACCCAGCAGUGGAGGGACCAAUGGCAGCAGUUCACCUUCCCAACCUCAAAACUCGACCUCGACAGAAGCUCCGUCCAAGGGCCUGUUCAACCCACCCUCCCCGACCCUGUCGCCAUCCAUUCUGGCCUCAUCCCUGCCCAGAGAUGAUCGGUCCAUGCACGGAGGGCGUGCUCCGGACUUCGAACUGCUGCAGAGACUCACUGCUAGUGGGGCUGCAGGACGUGUGCUGUUUCAUCCCCUGGCUAUAGGCCCACAGGGGCCUCAGAGUCUCUAUGCUCCCAGCACUAUUCGCUACGCCCCACCUGAGAUGCCUACAGCUCACGCUGAAGGGCACCGCUCAGACCAUGUGGCCAAAACUCCUACUUUCUUUCCCCACUUGCAAAGGAUCGCUUCUCUGCCUCCCUUCAGUGGAUUUUCUCCAGCUGAACCCACUUUUCCUCCAACUCUGCCCUUCUGUAUGAAUGGACUGAGGGGAAUGGCAGGGACAGAUGAGGAUUGAAGGACAAAGAUAGAAAAAAAUUUAAAGGGUAGGCAGAACAGGUCAUAAAGGACAGGGCACAACAUUGAGAGAGGAACUGCAGAAGAACUUUGGGUUUUUAAAACAGUCUUCCGAGCAUCCUCUCCAGACUUUUCUCUGUUAAUUUGUUAGUGUGUCUUCCUCUCUCUCUGGACAAGCAGUCAAAGCCAUAACGAACAUAUGAAGGACGUCAUGCAACUUACACGAAGGGGCCAUCAUUGAGGCCUAAACCACUGGAAAUUCAGGGAGGUCAUGAGGAAGGAGAGCCGAGGAAAUUGUUCUGGGGUUGCAUACAUAGGUCCUCUUUGACCCCUAGGGAAAUGGGCCCACCUAUACAUUUUUCCAAGUCCCCAUAAUUUAAGAAAACACACAGGAAUAUGCAAGCAUGGACAAAAGUAGAAUGGCGGCAAUUGCCAAAUAAGACAUUCCUAAGGAAACAAUACAUAAGAAAGCACACAGGUCCCUGACUGACAGAGGGGUCAUAAUGAAAAUAAAGAUUAGAACUUUUGAACAGUGUAGAAUUUUCAUUUUUGUAUAAAAAAAAAAGAAUUGUCUUUAAACAUCUAAAAUCACUUGAAAAAUGAUUAAUUCAAGGUCAUAGCCAUAUAGAUAACGCUGAGUUAAGAGGCUCCAUACAUGCAAAUGCUUCAAAAGACCCCCCCCCCCACAAGACAUGAGCAAAUAUCACAGACUAAUCUUCCUAUAAGAAAUGUGGGGGUUUUGGGGGUGGUUAAGUGUGUCUAUUUGUCAUGUAUCAUGUCCAAGCACUUAUAGUAUAUUGUUGCAUACAUGUAGCACUUCAUCCAUGGCCAGACAUUUUAGUUCUUCUACUGUAAAAACCACAAGAAUUAAGUUUACAAUAGUUGUGCCAGAAAUGUGCAGAUGAUAUCACAAACUAAAGUGUGAAGAAUGUUGUCUGUUAUAUAAAGGUGUAAUGUUUUAUUUUAAAAUAAAUUGUCCACUGGAUAUCACAAACCUUGUCAUAAACAUGUCCAGGUACUAUUUCACUUACAAAUUCUGUAUUUUGCUCAUUUAUAUUCAUUUUUUUAUGACAUUAUUGAAUUCAGUUCAUUUACUAUACAGGUGCAUCUCAAUGAAUUAGAAUGUCAUGGAAAAUUU